UUCUUGUUUGCAACACAAAUAUCGGUGCCAUUGGAAUGGAAGUUUUUAAUUGGAGCAAAACACUGGCGUUUGUUGUCGCAGCAAAAAGUUGGUUGUUCUGCCGUUGCUCCUGAGGUCAUCAUUCCCAAGCACAUCACCGCUGCUACUUUGCUCCCUGAAAAUAUUUCAAUUCAAUCCCUUUUAUGUUUGCCUUUAAUAAGCAACCUUUGGAGUCCAUUAUGCCUCUUGGCUUUCACAUGUAAAAAUGCAAAUUGUGAUUCAAAGUAGCCUGGAGAAUGAUGUAAAAGCCACCGAACUAAAUUGACUGGCUUUUUAUAUUGUUGGUGCAGCUGACUGAAGGGAUUUAGCUACUGUUAUAGGUGGUCGAGUUUGAGCUGCUGUCAACUGUUUAAUGGCGGUGAAUUAAAGACGGCAAGAUGAGGAAGUUCUGGGUUGUAGGAAGAACUUCGACUUCAAGUAACAGCCCCUGCUCUGCUCCGAAUGAGGGCAUGUUUUCUGUCAUUGUCGUAGGGGGUAGCGUUGAGUCAAGUGCUAGUAGCCCAAGUCCCUCAUUUCUAAAAAAGGCCCAGGAAAUUAAAGAUAAGGAACGUAACAAAGAAAAAGACAGUAAAGAAAAUAUACCUGCACCCAUUGAAGAAGAAACAACAAAACGGAAUUCUAUUGAAGUUCAAGUGCGAUCCCCAAGAACUGUUCUUGCAUUCCUCCAUGUCUUGUCAAAGUCAGAAUGUGGAGGGUCUCUGGAUGUUCUUGUCUGGGUGUUUGAUACCAUGUUUGUAGAAGGGAAAAGUUCACCACCACAAGGCUGUGGUAAAGAGAGUGAUUCACUCUGUACAAACAGCUGGCAGUGUAGUCUGCAGAGCUUGGCAGAAAG